AUGAAGUACUUAGCUGCAUACCUUUUGUUGCAACAGGGUGGUAACGCCUCUCCUUCUGCUGCCGAUGUCACUGCUCUCCUUGAGUCUGUUGGUGUUGAAAUUGAACAAGCCAAGCUCGACUUGUUGAUCUCCUCUGUUGACGGUAAGUCCGUUGACGAGUUGGUUGCUGAGGGUGCUUCCAAGCUUGCUUCUAUGCCAGCUGGUGGUGCUGCUCCUGCUGCUGCUGCCGGUGCUUCUUCUGGUGCUGCUGCUGAGGAGGCCGCUGCCGAAGAGGAGGAGGCCGCUGAGGAGGAAGAAGACGACGACAUGGGUUUCGGUUUGUUCGACUAA